AUGUUCACUUUUCGGGGGGAUUUGGAUUUCAGGUAUGUUUGGUGCAGACACUGUGGAGCAACAUCUGCAGGUCUAAGAUGUGAAUGGCAGAACAAUUACACACAGUGCGCUCCUUGUGCAAGCUUAUCUUCCUGUCCAGUCUGCUAUCGAAACUAUAGAGAAGAAGAUCUUAUUCUGCAAUGUAGACAAUGUGAUAGAUGGAUGCAUGCAGUUCGUCAGAACUUAAAUACUGAGGAAGAAGUGGAAAAUGUAGCAGACAUUGGUUUUGAUUGUAACAUGUGCAGACCCUAUAUGCCUGCAUCUAAUGUGCCUUCCUCAGACUGCUGUGGAUCUUCACUUGUAGCACAAAUUGUCACAAAAGUAAAAGAGCUAGACCCACCCAAGACUUAUACCCAGGAUGGUGUGUGUUUGACUGAAUCAGGGAUGACUCAGUUACAGAGCCUCACAGUUGCAGUUCCAAGAAGAAAACUGUCAAAACCAAAACUGAAAUUGAAGAUUAUAAAUCAGAAUAGCGUGGCCAUCCUUCAGACCCCUCCAGACAUCCAAUCAGAACAUUCAAGGGAUGGUGAUAUGGAUGAUAGUCGAGAAGGAGAACUUAUGAAUUGUGAUGGAAAAUCAGAAUCUAGUCCUGAGCGGGAAGCUGUGGAUGAUGAAACUAAGGGAGUGGAAGGAACAGAUGGUGUCAAAAAGAGAAAAAGGAAACCAUACAGACCAGGUAUUGGUGGAUUUAUGGUGCGGCAAAGAAGUCGAACUGGGCAAGGGAAAACCAAAAGAUCUGUGAUCAGAAAAGAUUCCUCAGGCUCUGUUUCUGAGCAGUUACCUUGCAGAGAUGAUGAGAAUGUUGGACCGACGACACAAGACCUCAGACUUGUGUUAUUCUAGCAGCUGAACACACCCCAGGCUCUUCUGACCGGCAGUGGCUCUGGAAGCAGUCUGGUCUAUAGAGUUAUGGAUUCACUACCAGAUUCUACUGUAUGCUCUGACAACUAUGACCACAAUGGUCCACCCACAAAUGAAUUAUCAGGAGUGAACCCAGAGGCACGUAUAAAUGAAAGGUUGGGAGGCUAUGUGUGACUGGAAGGAUGUCCUGCCGGGUGGCGAGAAGCAGAGAAUCGGCAUGGCCCGCAUGUUCUACCACAGGCCCAAGUACGCCCUCCUGGAUGAAUGCACCAGUGCUGUGAGCAUCGACGUGGAAGGCAAGAUCUUCCAGGCGGCCAAGGACACAGGCAUUGCCCUGCUCUCCAUCACCAACUGGCCCUCCCUGUGGGAGUACCACACACACUUGCUACAGUUCGAUGGGGAGGGCGGCUGGAAGUUCGAGAAGCUGGACUCGGCUGCCCGCCUGAGCUUGACAGAGGAGAAGCAGCGGCUGGAGCAGCAGCUGGCGGGCAUUCCCAAGAUGCAGCGGCACCUCCAGGAGCUCUGCCAAAUCCUGGGCGAGGCCGUGGCCCCAGCGCACGUACCGGCACGUAGCCCGCAAGGCCCUGGUGGCCUCCAGGGUGCCUCCACCUGACGCCACCAUCCCCAGCCCCUGCCCCGCCCCCAAGCUCGAAUCACAUGAAGGAGACAGCAGCACCCACCUGCGCACACACCCCUCCCCUGCAUGCCUGGCCCCUCGUCCUAGAAGACCCUUCCCGACCUCGGGAAAGGAUGUGGAGGGUGGCGCCCUGCGUAACCCUCGCCCUGUCCCUCUCACUCCCUGGGGGGGCUGUUCCACAGUGACUGGGCCCUGUCCAGGGCAGUGAGUCCUCUACUUUGCUCCAUGGAGGAAGCUGGGGUACAAGGGGCCCAGUGCUGGCCACACAGCAGCGCAGCCGAGCCCCAGGAGCCCCUCAGGCCACAGCCCCUGGCGCUGCAGAUGGCCUCCCUCCUCGUCAGUCUCUCAAAGACCCCACGGUCCAUCCCCUAAGGGUGGCCAGCCAAGGCUCCCAUCCCAUGCGAUGCCAUAAAAGCCGCCCAGUUGUACCCACGGUCACACAGAGCGCCUCACCUGCAUCCUCUCCCCCACAAGAGCCCCGAAGAUCCCACGGGAGAGGGACGCACAGCACUGCCUGCGGAGCGAGAAUGUAGUCCCCGCCCCCUCAGCCCCUCACCUUCUCUUUCUACAGCCUAAUUUAUUGGAUUCCCUAUUCGUAGCCAUCUCUGUGGCCAAUGUGACUACCCUGCCAGCAGCGGGGGCAGCCCAGCCUCUGAGUCCCCUGGGGCCCCUGCUCCCACCGGUGCCAAACCCAGCCCCUGUGGCUGUCACCCCGCCAGCCUACACUACCAGCUGCCACCUGGCCACACGGGCCUCUGCUUGCUAGCCGGGAGUGCGGACACCAUGUUCCCAGCUCAGUGCCAAACAGGGGUCACCAGGGGGAGCUGUCUGCAGAGCCAGCGCCUGCCCGAGAGAGACCCCACCGCCACUGUGUGCCUUUCCCGGGCCCUCAGCCCUCAGGCCGGGCGCCAUCCCGAGUCCCCCCAGUAAAAGCCUCCAUUGGCAAAUGCAGUCCUUCC